UAAUCAAAAACCCCAAAACCCUAGGGUAACCGAACUGAGUCUGCGAGCAUGGACUUGCAGCAGAGCGAUUUCGACCGCCUUUUGUUCUUCGAGCAUGCCCGUAAGACUGCCGAAGCUACAUACGCCAGUGACCCUCUCGAUGCCGAUAAUUUGACAAGAUGGGGAGGCGCUUUGUUAGAGUUGUCUCAGUUUCAGAGCAUCCCUGAUUCAAAGAAGAUGAUCCAAGAUGCAAUUUCAAAGCUCGAGGAGGCAUUAGUGGUUAAUCCCAAGAAGCAUGAUACACUUUGGUGCCUGGGAAAUGCCUAUACAUCCGAUGCCUUUGUAAAUCCGGAUCAGGAGGAGGCAAAAAUUUGUUUUAACAAGGCAUCUGAGUACUUCCAGCGAGCUGUUGAAGAGGAACCAGAAAAUGAACUGUACCGGAAAUCUCUGGAAGUGGCUGCUAAGGCGCCUGAGCUGCAUGCAGAAAUACAUAAGCACGGAUUUGCAGAGAAGGCAGCAGGGGCAGCUGGACCCUCUUCUUCGUCAAGUACAAAGACUCAAAAGAAAAAGAAGAGCAGUGAUCUGAAGUAUGACAUUCUUGGCUGGGUAAUUCUGGCUGUUGGCAUCGUUGCGUGGGUGGGAUUUGCAAAAUCGCAUCCACCGCCUCCUCCACCACCUCCUAGAUAAAUGCAGCCGUCGACUAAAUAUUAAUCCCAGCAGCCGAUGUAUUGAUGAUUAUUGAGAAUCACAUAUUACUUAAAAUUUUGACAGCAGUGAUGCAUAUCGCUCUGUAACCUUUAUUUGUUUAGCAUAUGAAAUGUUUUGUUAAGUUGAUUGGGUUGACAAGCUAUUAUGCCGAGCAGAUAGCGGGGCAUCCUCCACUGACAGCAUUGAAAUAAAAAUGUUGCUAAUACUAGAA